CACUCCCAUUUCCUCCCCCCUCCCGUCCUUCCAUUCCAUCCCCAAAUAUCUCCCAAAUUCACACGACUCCUCAAAUUCCCUGUUUUCUCAUUAAAAUCCCACCAAAUCCACCCUCUCUCUCCUCUCUAUGCAUCUAUCUCUGUUCCCAAGGAGACCCCAGUUUUCAGUUCAAUAAAAAAAAAGGAGACCCAAAUUCAUCGAAUUCCCAUUCUUUUUAGCUCAAUGUGACUAUUUUUGCGAAACAUUUGAUCUUUUGCACUGAAUCUUCCAAUCAAAUCUUUCUGGGUUUUUUCUAUUCUCUCUUGUUGGUAGUUCAAGGGUAAAUCCAAAACCAUUGAGUUUCUGUGCUUCUCAGCUCAAUCCGUCUAAAUUUCGGUGAAGAUUUGAUAUUUUUUUGGGUGAAAGUAAAGAUUUGAUCCUUCCAAGAUGAAUUUCUCAGCAAAACCUUUCUGGGUUUUCCUAUUCUUUCUUGUUCUCCUCCAAUUCCACUCACUCUGUUCCUCAUACCCUACUCCACUAAACUGCACCGACACCACUCGCCUCUGCACCUCCUUCCUAGCCUUCAGCUCAAACCAAACCCUAACCCUGAUCCAGAGCAUGUUCGACGUGCUCCCGAACGACGUCACCGUCGAAGGAAACGGCCGUGACUACUUAUUCAUCAGAAAGAACUGCUCCUGUACUUCAAACAAGGAAUACUUGACCGACACGACUUACACCGUCAGAGUUAACGGCGGAUCCGUGCAUGACUUGGUGGUUGAGGCCUACAAUGGGCUGGCUUUCUUGCCCAACUUCACGCGCGAGGCACGUGCCGGGUCGGUGGUGUCGCUGCAGCUGUUCUGUGGGUGUUCUAGUGGACUGUGGAACUACUUGAUGAGUUAUGUGAUGAGGGAUGGGGAUAGUGUGGCUUCAUUGGCCAGUAGGUUUGGUGUCAGUAUGGAUAGUAUUGAGAGAGUGAAUGGGAUUGAGAAUCCUGAUAAUGUGUCUGUUGGGAGUCUUGUCUAUAUACCGUUGAAUUCAGCCCCUGGUGAGCCAUAUCCUAUUGAGAAUUACACUCCUCCGGCUUCUGUUCCUGUUCCAGCACCGUCUGUUCAAAGUAAUGCAGAAAAUAAGGCUCACGUCCCAUAUUGGUGGAUCCUUGGGAGUUUGGGGUUCGGUCUGGCUCUACUCGUUGUAGUAGUUAUUUUUGUUUGUUUGAGAACAUCGAGCUGCUUUGCUAAAACCCAAAAAAGUAAUGGGCAAAAUCUUGACGAGAAGACUUCUCACAAGUUCCAAAUCCUCCGGAACACAAGCUUCUGUUGUGCUUCUGGGAGGUCCACCUGCUGCAAAUCUAGGGAUUGGAAGCAAACUGAUGGGGAAUCGAGUGACCGCCAGAUGAAUGUUCCUAAAGCUAUGGGGCCUGAUGUUUUUGACUUGGAGAAGCCUGUGGUUUUCACGUAUGAAGAAAUUCUAGCUUGUACUGAUGGUUUCUCUGAUUCAAAUCUUAUUGGGCACGGAACUUAUGGCUCUGUGUAUUAUGGCCUCCUUCGUGAACAGGAAGUUGCGAUCAAGAGAAUGACUGCUACAAAAACUAAAGAAUUCUUGGCCGAAAUGAAAGUGCUUUGCAAGGUUCAUCACACUAACUUGGUAGAAUUGAUUGGCUAUGCGGCAAGUAGGGAUGAGCUUUUCCUCAUUUAUGAACAUGCCCAAAAGGGUUCACUUAGAAGCCAUUUGCAUGAUCCUUUGAGCAAGGGUCAAACAUCACUUUCUUGGAUCAUGAGGCUUCAGAUUGUACUUGGUGCAGCUAGAGGUCUGGAGUACAUCCACGAACAUACUAAACCUCAUUAUGUCCAUCGAGAUAUCAAGACAAGCAACAUCUUACUAGAUGGUGCUUUUCGGGCGAAGAUUUCAGAUUUUGGGUUGGCGAAACUAGUUGGAAAAACUACUGAUGGAGAAGCUUCAGUAACUAAAGUUGUGGGCACUUUUGGUUAUUUGGCUCCAGAAUACUUGCGGGAUGGCCUAGCGACAGUUAAAAGUGAUGUUUAUGCGUUUGGUGUUGUACUUUUUGAGAUUAUAUCAGGAAAGGAAGCCAUCACACGAACAGAAGGCAUUGCACCUAAAAAUUCUGAAAGGCGUUCACUGGUAUCCAUUAUGCUAGCAGCUCUCAGGAAUUCACCUGACUCGAUGACUAUGUCAAGCAUGAAACAUCACAUUGACCCUAAUUUGAUGGAUCUUUACCCUCACGACUGUGUUUUCAAGGUGGCCACACUGGCGAAGCAAUGCGUCGACGAUGAUCCCAUUUUGCGGCCAGACAUGAAGCAAGUUGUGAUUUCCCUGUCACAGAUCCUUUUGACCUCUGUGGAGUGGGAAGCAACUCUAGCUGGGAACAGCCAAGUAUUCAGUGGGCUUGUUCAAGGACGAUAGGUUAUGGUGAACAUACCAUUGGAAUCCUGCUGCUUUUGACGUGCUCCUUUUCUACUCUUAUUUUUGGUUAGCAAAACCCUCAAGAUUCAACACCUUCUCCCCUUGUUUCCACUACUAUCUCUUCUGACCUGCGUAGUUUGUGUUUGUAUAGUUGCAUAGAGGUUCGACCGUAAGUGUUUUGUGUUGUGGUGUUCAUAUGUGUAAUUCAUCGUUCCAUUUUUCUUUCAUUUCGUGAUGUAUCCUUUCCAGACCCGCUUUGUGUUGCAAUUUUGAUAUCAUAUUGAGGCGUAAUGACGGGAGUUGAUGAAACCUCUCUUUUCCAA